AUGAAUAUUAAUGAUAAAUUUAUUAUUCUAACACUUUAAAACUAUAAAAAUGAAAAAAUUCCCUUGAUUUAUAGUGAAAUCAUUUUCACUAUUUCAAUUCUAAUUGUUCCAUUCAAUACUUUCUAUUUAAUUGAAGGCUUAAUUUAAAAAUUAAAUCAUUUCUAUUUCCCUCCAAAUAAGCUAUGUUAUCCAUUAUGUAAUAAUCGUCAGAAUAUUAGCAUAAUCAUCAAUUAUUUUAACAACUAUCAUUUUGUUUAUUCAUCAUUAUAAAUUAAAUUAUUGUUUGAAAACUUUCUCUCUCUCAUUCAUAUAUACAAACUAAUAAGAAAUCAUUAUAAAAUUUAUAGUUGUGGUUAACAAAUUUAAACUUAAAUAAAAUAACAAUCAAUUAAGAACUACUUCUAUUUUUUUGUUAACCCAAAUUUACUGAUAUCAAUUAAUCUCUUAAUUUGCAAUCUAUAACUUCGUGUUAGAUAAUGUAUAAAUUUAAUUAUAUUCUCAUUAAUUUAAUAGGUUUUCUAAAACCAGAAAGAAGGAAUUUUAGGUUUAGAUAAUUUUGAUUCUUAUUCAAUUUUAUUUUAUAUUUAAACAAUGGAUUAAUAUAUAGGAUUUCAACUAGAUUUAACUUCAUUUAAUUCAAUUAAGCAAAUCGUUUAGAUGAAAGAUGGGUAUGUCGUUUUUGGAGAACAAUAAGUUGAAUAAAAAUUAAGAUCUGUUUCAUUAUCAAUGAGUAAUUAAAAGCUUCUUUAUUUCGAAAUAAAGAAUGGAGAAUGUAUUUCUGAGAAACCUUAUUAAAUUGGACAGGGAUUGGCAGUACUGUCAAAUAUUAUAGCAAAUGAGAAUCACAUUCUAGCUUUAAUUUCUCGUUAGGGUAAUAGAAGUUUAGUACAAUUCAAUCCAAAAGAGCACACAAACGUUCAUUUAAUUCCCAGUCUACCCUACAAACAAUAUUAAAUAGAUUGUGAGUCUAAUUAUAAUGUUUAUUCCUUUCAAGAUAGAGUGACAUUGAUCGAACUUUAUAAAUUACAAAACUCAAUAUAUUUAGAGUGUUUGAAUUACCCAGACGGAUACCAUACUGGAAAGAAAUUUAAAAAAGCAGAGCAAAUUUAAACCUUAAAAAUUUACAAUACUAAUCAUAUUUUGAUUUUAGCAGAUGAAGAAUUCUAUUUAUUUGAUGGGUCUGGAGACUUAUUUGCAAUCAACAUAUAGAUGCCAUCGGAAUUUAAAUUAAAAUUUAUAAUAGAAAUCAAAGAUCAAUAUGUUUUAGUCAUGAAAGAUCGAAUGGACAAAUUUUAUAAAUUUUGCCAUAAGGAACAUGAAAUAGACUACUUCAGUACCUUUAAAUGCUAAGAAUUGAUAGAUGGAUAAUUUGAUGUUCAAACAACAAAAAAAUAAUCAAUCAACCUUUCAAAGCUUAAUGAUGAUUAUUACAUAUGGAUUAGUACAAUAUAUUAAUGCGAGGAUAAUUAAAACAAAUUAUUUGUAAAUGUUUUUAAGAUUAGCAUUGAUAAAGAACCAUCAUUAAUAUCAAGUUAUGAAUUAUGGAAGAGUUAAGAAAUAGGUUUUAUAUAAAAGGAUGAAUUUGUACAUGAAUAUUUAUUGUUUAAAGAUGAACAAGUCAUUAAAGCCUUUUGUAUUAAUCAACUUAAAUGA